AUGCAGCCCAGUGCUCACCCAGAGGAGCUCGCCCGAAGUGUCUCGUCUCCAGCAAUCCCCCCUGUUGGGGGUUUGAGCACGGCGUUGCCGGCUGGCAGCGCCGUGGAGGCCGCAGAGGGGACAGACACUAGUGGAGCCGCAGGGCCUGCGCCGCACGGCGUGCCUGCGAAUGCGAAAACUUGGGGGGCCAGUAGGGGAAGCGAUGUGGGGAAUGACGUCAGCAUUGAGGUAGCGGUCGCUCAACAGGAGCGACUUGCAGAAUUGCGGCUCGAGACAACGGGGCCCGGACCGACUUCGCCGGCUGAUUUGCCUCAGCAGCAGCGUGGAGGAUGGGUGGAAGCGGCGAUCAAGAUGGCGACGCUUUUUCAGUUCGACGCAGGCCCUUCGGAAGCGGCGAGAGAGGGACGCGGGAGUGUGGCGCAGAGACUGCGAGAAAUGUCGCCCACGCGGGAAGGACAGGAGCCGGCGGAGGCGAACGCCGCGAGCGAAACCAAGAAACGCAAGUGGCUUUUCUUCUUGCACGGUGGCGCGUUCGUCUUCAACAGCCCAGACUCAUAUCGUCUCUUCACAAACGACCUCUCCGUCUUGACGGGUGCGAAAGUAUUCUGCCCCGACUAUAGCUUGGCGCCUGAUCGCUUGUGGCCGGUGCAACUGGAACAAUGCAUCGCAGCCUAUGAGCACUUGUGCUACGAGAUGAACGUUCCAGGCGAAGACGUUGUCCUUGUAGGCGACAGCGCAGGCGGAAAUCUCGCGGUGACUUUGAUGGCAAGUAUCGUGAAACGCGGAGAGCAGAGCGCAAAUGCAGAACAUGCCAAGCCUCUUCCCCGACCUGCAGGCAUGGUGUUGCUUUCGCCGUGGCUCGACCUCAGCAUGGAGGGGCCUUCCUACAUCCUCAAUGCCACCAGAGAGCCUGUUCUACCCCUUAGGAGCAUCCGGCAGGCAAGCGGAGUGUAUACCUACGGCCGGUUUGAUUUGGGGAAGCUGUCCAACGCAGAAGUAGAGGACCACUUGGAUUUGACCAGCGAGAAGCUUUGCAUCGAAUCCCCCCUAGCACCUCAAACAGACGACGGCUUGUCGAGCUGCGACUCGUCCAUGUCGCUUCCUGAGGUCCCAGAAGGCCCCCGAUGUUUUUCCAACCCCUGGGUCUCCCCGGUUUACUUCGACAAGGAAAUGCUCAAAGAGAUGCCGCCUACGUGCAUCCACGUAGGCUCUGUUGAGGUUCUCCUGAGCGACAGUCUUAUCUUUGGUCGGCAAGUAAAUGACGCGGUCCGGGGUGCACCACUCUUCUCGGACAAGGCGUGGAGUGCGGCGGAUGAGGCACUCUACGUGGGAGCUGCCGCUGGGAAACGAGAGACCUCGUUGCUGGCGUCCGUGCCAAGAGUCGGCACCGCCAAGGGAGUGACGGAGAAGCCAGACCGCGAAGGAUCGGCGCCACUGGUGACAUUUACGAACGAGAGUUUCUCUUUGGAGUCGUCAGCUUCCACGGAAACGCAGGCCACGCGAUCAGACUCUUACCCGAACUCUUCGACAGCGCCCAGUUACUUCACCACCUACGGCUGGCUCAGCGAAGCAGAUGUGCAGAAACUAAACAACGACGGAGUUGUAUGCCCCGUUGGCUGUGAAGAAGGCACGUCCCCUCGAGUCCAGGUCAAGGUGUGGAAAGACGAAUUUCACGUGUUUCCUUGCUGCAGCAUCGUGGAAGCUCCCAACGGCGAGAAGUGUCUACAAGAAAUCGCCAAGUGGAUUGAAGACGUGUACGCCCAAGCCACAAAGUGA